AUGUCUGGAGCAGGAGAAAGGGAGGCAGUCUUCCCGACUCGCCAAUCCCUCGGGUUAAUGAAAGCCAAGCUCAAGGGAGCUGAGCAGGGUCACAGCUUACUCAAGCGCAAGAGUGAAGCUCUCACCAAACGUUUCCGAGAAAUUACAAGGCGAAUUGAUGAGGCCAAGAGGAAGAUGGGCCGAGUGAUGCAGAUCGCUUCUUUCUCUCUGGCCGAGGUGACAUAUGCCGUCGGUGGAGACAUCGGCUACCAGGUGCAAGAGUCUGUCAAGGCGGCACGGUUCAGGGUGCGGGCAAAGCAAGAGAACGUCUCUGGUGUGCUGCUACCGGCCUUCGAGAGCUACACCGAGGAGGGCAUCAACGACUUUGCCAUGACUGGUCUCGGCAAGGGUGGUCAGCAAGUUCAGAGGUGUAGAGAGACAUAUGCCAGGGCCGUCGAGGCGCUGGUGGAGCUGGCGAGCCUUCAGACUGCGUUUGUGAUCCUCGACGAGGUCAUCAAGGUCGUCAACCGAAGAGUGAAUGCCAUCGAGCAUGUCAUCAUUCCUCGGACAGAGAAUACCAUCAAAUACAUCAACUCCGAGCUCGACGAGCUGGACAGAGAGGAGUUCUACCGGCUGAAGAAGGUCGCAAACAAGAAGCAGCGAGACAAUGCCGCUUUGGACGCCGAGAUGGCUGCGAAGAGAGAGGCUCAGGCAGGGCACGAGCAACACGGUGGGGACGACAACAGUGGGCCCGCAGAUGUGCUUGGGGCUGAGGAGGAUGAGGAUGUUAUUUUCUAG